AUGGCGAGCCCGGCUUCAGGUACAGAAAAUGGGGCAGGCAUGGCAGAUGUCCUGCAAGCUUUGAAGACCAUCCAGGAGAACCAGGACAAGCUGGCUCGUGAGGUCGAGUCUGUUUCUCAGCGACUCGAUGUGGUUGCGCCGCUGGCAACACCAAGCAUCGAACUUCCAGGUGGAAAGGUCUCGUCUCAGAUUGCCGGUAUUCUUGCUUCACCAUCAACUUCCACUCCAGCUCCGGAACCAGAGACUCCCGGUGGAACGACGACUGUAGCCGGUCAUGCACAGAAAUCAGGCUUCACCUCCCGGAUUAUUCUUACGACGUAUCCGAAGCAAAUAGGCAUCAACCCAUUUCCUAUGAACUGGGGCGCUCCAGCCUCUGAGAGAGGUCCAGUCGUGGUGUCCAGAUCUUCGUCCACGCUUCGCAGACGCAAUGCUAUCGGCGCACACGGUGGCUCAUACUCCAUCUACUUCGCGCUCGCGCUUGCAAGCAAACAGCUGAAUGUUGACCACAAGCCUGAUUUUACCAAUACAGAACCAGCUGCCAAUAUCGGCCCCUUUCCCCAAUGGAGCGACCCGAAGAAAAUCGUGGCCAUGGACCCUUGGGGCCACUUGGCACCAUGGCUCUUUGCUGAGACGAUCAAGAACGAGGACGUCGACAUUCGACCCACAAUCGCCAUCACCAAGGCUCAUAUGAAGUUGCCUGAACUUGAGGAAAGCGUCCGAGCCGGCAGAUUGAUCCCUGACGGCAAAGUCUGUCUGAACGCAGAAGGAGAACUUGCUGUGACGAAGUUCGCCGUCGAGCCGGUAUGGUAUCUCCCUGGAGUAGCGGAGAGAUUCGGAAUAGACGAGGGCGUCUUACGUCGCUCGCUGUUCGAGCACACCGGUGGCAGUUAUCCAGAGCUUAUCACUCGUGGUGAUAUCAAGGUGUUCCUGCCUCCCAUUGGUGGCUUGACUGUCUACUGCUUCGGAGACCCGGCGAAGAUGGCCGACGAAAAAUCAAGGCUCGCCCUGCGGGUUCACGAUGAGUGUAACGGCAGUGACGUAUUCGGCUCAGAUAUCUGCACCUGCAGGCCCUAUCUCAUCUUCGGUAUCGAAGAGGCUGUCAAAGAAGCACAGAAGGGCGGCAGUGGCGUCGUAAUCUACUUCAGAAAGGAAGGUCGAGCUCUAGGUGAAGUGACCAAGGUAAGUCGUCCUCCAAUUCGUCUCCUGGCACGCAGUCGUACUGACACAUCAUCACAGUACCUCGUCUACAAUGCGCGGAAACGUGGAGAGGACCGCGCCUCGGACUACUUCAAGAGGACCGAGAAUAUUGCUGGAGUCAAAGAUAUGCGCUUCCAGGCCCUUAUGCCUGAUAUUCUCCACUGGCUCGGCAUCAAGAAGAUCGACAGGAUGCUGAGCAUGAGCAACAUGAAACACGAUGCUAUCGUAGGCCAAGGUAUCCCCAUCCACGAGCGAGUGGAACUCCCUGAGGAAUGGAUCCCAGAGGAUUCGCGCGUAGAAAUAGACGCCAAGAUCACCGCUGGAUACUUCACCACCGGGCACAGGAUGACUGAGGAUGAACUGAAAGCCGUUCAGGGCCGCAUGUGGGAAGACAACGACAAGAGCAACACCGUUCUCCAUCAAGACAAUUCUACUACAGAUCCAGACACUGGGAUGGCUACAGCUACACUCUCGCUGGACACGCGCCACGUACCACGCAGAGAGUCCUCCCCCAGACCGCGGAACAACGACAGACGUCGGCCCCGUCUGCUCAGAGCCUGCGCAACGGAGCCGUCCAUCACAACGUCCAAUGCAGGCAAGGGCGUGCUGAGUUUGGCGAGCCCGUACACGACACAUCGGGCGUCAGACCUGCUGAGCCGGGUCGCCGUCUCCAACGCCUCCUCAUCGCCGUCCUCAACUCGAAGUUCGGUCCUGGACUCGGGCGAGAAACGCGAAUACCGCAUGUCGGAGGCGUCGCAGAAUCCACAUUCGGCUUGCUACUUCAGCUUUCCCAGUUUCGACACCUGGGAGGAAGAGCUGCAAGAAGAGGAGAAGAUGGAGAGGAGCACCUAG